CGCUGGUAGCCACUAGCAGUCGAACGAUCGCCGUCUAAUGGUCCCCGUCGGCAUGCUCUGAUCAUGGCAUGGCAGGAAUACACAUUUUGGUUACCGGGGCCACAUUAGAUGGUCAUUUUCCUCACACGUACGGCAAAACAUCAUUCCAACAUGACGACGAUCCCCGGAGACCAAGAAAACGCCACCGGGUCACUCCCACGCCGCCUGCGACCGCCGCCACCAUCCCCGAGGACCUGCUCGUCUCUGAGAUCCUGGCGCUCCUCCCCGCCGAAUCCCUGCUGCGCUCCGGGUCCGUUGUUUGCCGCUCAUGGCGCGCCGCCGUCAGGGACCCCGCCUUCAUCCGGCGCCACCUCGAGCUCUCUCGCGCCAGGCCACCAACCAUGCUCGCCAUCUCGUGGCCGAUGGACGAGAAGGAGGAGGACGACGACGAAGAAGAAGCGACGACGGUGACGCCCCCGCGGGUCCGCGCACUGCAACGGCCUGGUCGCCGUCACCGCGUCGACGGGCCAUACGGCGCACACCACCGUGUGGAACCCAGCAACCAUGGAGUCCGUCGCCGUGCCGACGGAGAGCCCCAACGUCGGGCCGUUUACCAUGAUUACGUCGGCCGUCGCUGCCAUCGGCUUCGACCCUCGGACAAACGGGUACGUGCUGUCAAGGUUCUUCUACCGGGUCAACCGCAUAUUCACCGACGGGCGCUCUGGCUCGGUCGUCGUGGAGUACGACGACGUCGGCCACGAGGUCCUCAGGCUGGGCGCCGGUGCCGGCGCCGGCUGGAGGUUCACCGAGAACGCGCCGUUCCCCAUCGACGACUCGGUGCCGCCAGUCUGCGUGCGCGGCGCUAUCUACUGGGCCGCCAUGGACCCGUCCGCGUCCGGCGAGGACGACGUCGACGACGACGGCAUCGCGAACAUCCUGCUCCGGUUCAGCCUGCGCGACGAGACGUUCGCGGUCUUCCCGCUGCCUCCUCGCGUCAGGUCCGUCGGCCGGCGCAACCGCGUGGCGGAGCUCGCCGGGGAGCUGUGCCACGCGCACGCCACCGCGCCCACGGCCUUCGACGUUUGGGUGGCUACUGGCGACGACGAGCCCGGCAGGCCGGCGUGGUGGCUGCGCUGGCACGUGGACUUCUACCGCCCGGUCGACUUCGUCGCGCCGCUCGCCGUGGACGCCGGCGGCGUGCUGCUGAUGUCCGUGGACGAGGAGGACAUGUACAGGUACGAUAAGAGGAACAGGGUGUUGGAGAAGGUUGCGGACGUGCAGCAGGUGUCACGGCCCGUGCGGUGGAACGGAAGCGGCGGCCGAGGAGAAGAUGACGUGAUCCCUUCGUGUGCCGCCGCGGAGCUUCUUGUCCCCUGCGUCGAAAAUCUGGUGUCGAUUACAUCAUGUAACAACUGAGACACACCAGGCGUGUUACAAUGAGUUAUUUUUGUUCUGGAGUCUUGACAAUGGAUGCACGCUCAAGGUAGGUGAACACUGCCAUGCAGCAAUUACGCAGUGGGCUCCAUAUAGGACACGGCAGCAUCUCACGGGCUGCUAGAGAACAAAAAGGAAUGGCUGGCAAUGGCAUUUGCAAUCAUAUUGUGCUGCACGGUGUGCAUAUAAAAAGCACCAUCCCCUGAUCGGAAACUUCAGUAACACAGCUGAGAGCUGCUCGCGGCAAGCAAUCCACUUCCACAAAGGUGACUGUUAGGAAACCAAUGGCGGCCAUGCCGUCUGUGCCAGCGCUUCUUCUCGUCGCCGUCAUUCUUGUGGCCGCGGUUGCAGUGCCGGCGGCCGGUGCCGGCUACAUCAACCCGCUCAAUGCAAACAGGCCGACGUGCCCUCCACGCGGCAGCUGCGCUGCGCCGGGCGCACCCUACACCGACCGGGGCUGUCAUCGUAUCUACCACGACCCGGAGUGCUAGCAGCUAGCGAGAAAGAUUUGUGUGUGCCUACGGGACAAGAGUCAGCCGGUGUUGGUUGCUCAACCUUGACUGCCAAUUUGAUUCAUUUCCUUGAAAUAUAUAUGUUUAUGGUAAAUUAUGUCGAUGAUUUAUUCUUACUUUAUUUUAGUAUUUUGUAACCUGCUUCUGCCUGAAAAAAAAUGUGGUAUUGUGAGCCAGGGAGUCCUUGUAAUAAAAUUGUAAGUCUGUAAAAUAUAUAUAAUCUUUGAUUGUACUUUGCCUUUA